AUGGAAAUAGCUGAGAAUUUGGACUCUAAUGAAGACCUAGGACCUACUGAAAACCCUCCUGAUGACACCAAUCUGGAACCCUUGAUUUUAGUAAAUGCCCUAACUGGAGUAGCCAAGUUUCGGACCAUGAGAGUCACUGGUCAGGUAAGAAAGAAGCCCCUACACAUUCUCAUUGACAAUGGGAGCACCCAUAAUUUCUUAGAUGUUAAUGUAGCCAAGAAGCUAGGGUGCAAAAUUGAAGAUAUGGAUCCUGUUAGUGUCAUUGUGGCUGAUAGGGCUAGAGUGCAGAUUAAUACUAUGGUGAAAGGGUUCUCUUGGCUUAUACAGAACACUAUAUUCAGUUCAGAUAUCUUGCUAUUACCCUUAGGCUGCUGUGAUAUGGCUCUUGGUAUCGAAUGGCUGAUUACAUUGGGGAAUAUCACAUGGAACUUUGACAAGUUAACCAUGGAGUUCACUGCUCAAGGAAAAAGGCAUGUCUUGAGAGGCAAUUCUUCUACAAAUAUUAAGAUAACUAGGAAGCAGCGGAUACAUAAGACACUAGCUACAGGAGUUCACAUUUCUAUGUUGCAAGUAUGUGAGUCUGAAGAAGGAUUGCUGCUCCACUCCCUGUCCACUCAUGAUACAUCUUCCUCAAUUCCUGACAGUAUUGAUAAAUUGCUACUUCAAUAUGAAGAUUUGUUUGCAGUACCCACUACUCUACCACCUAGAAGACCAGAUCAUGAUCAUACUAUUCCCUUGGUGCAAGGAACUAACCCUGUGAAUAAGAGACCAUACAGGGACCUCAACAAGAGUACAGUAAAAAAUAGGUUCCCUAUAGCCUUGGUUGAUGAUCUAUUGGAUGAGCUACAUGGCUCUACUGUAUUUUCCAAAAUUGACUUAAGGUCUGGCUAUAAUCAAGUCAGAAUGGUGGAGGCAGAUGUACAUAAAACAACUUUCAAAACUCAUUCAGGGCAUUAUGAGUACUUGGUUAUGCUUUUUGGCUUAACCAAUGCCCCUGCCACAUUUCAGGGCUUAAUGAAUUCGGUGUUUCAAGAAUACUUGAGGAGGUUCCUGUUGGUCUUUUUUGACGACAUUCUGAUUUACAGCAAGAGCAUGGAGGAUCACUUGCAUCAUUUAUAA